UCUAAAUAGCUUUUUCUCUCUGGAUUGGAGAGAGAGAAAAUGGGUCUAUCAAGCCGUAUUACCUUCUCUCUCUUGGUGGUGCUCUCUCUGAUCAUAAGCUCUUCAAUGGCUCAGGCGCCCGGUGGUGCCCCCACAUCUUCACCUCCAACAGCAUCGCCGCCCAAAGCAACUCCAGCCCCAUCGCCCGCCAUGUCGCCGCCACCUGCACCCACUCCAGUCCCCACCCCAUCGAAAGCCCCCACCCCAUCGAAAGCCCCCUCCCCAUCUCCUGCUCCUGGCGCCCCGCCGAGCAAGAGCCCUGCCCCUGCCGUUGUGAGCCCUCCGGCGCCCACCCCCGAGUCUCCCGCUCCUGUCACACCAUCUGCUCCCACCCCUGAAGCUCCCCCAACAGAGUCGCCUCCGAGUGCUGCCCCCGGCUUCUCUGCUUCUCUCAGAUUUGCCGCGGUUGGAUCUGCGGUUAUCGGCGCCGCUGCUCUCUUCCUUUAGAGUGAGCAUAGCAUCAUCCAUUGUUUUGGAGGAGAUUUCACUUGCAUAGCUUUUGCUUUUGUGUUUCAUUGGUUUUUUUUACUGCGUAGUUUUAGAUUUGGAUUUUUAUUGUUAUUCAUUUGAUGGAGUGAUUUGAUUUUGGGAUUCUUGGUUAUGUAGAUGAAUAAACUACUUGGUUGUGUCUUUGUUUCUUU